AUGGGUCGUGUCAACAGAGACACAAGUAAGAAACCGUUUUGGAAUUCUUUGGGACCAGACAAGAACAAAGAGGGAUGCAUCACUCACACAAAAAUCACUAAUCAAUUCAAUUUGCUGCCAGAGGAACAAGUGGCGUCUUAUGGGAAUGGGACGAUCGUUGUUCGGCAUACUGGAGGUUUGGUUUUAUCGAUGGAGAGUUUAGCGCAACUAGAAGCAUUGUGCGAGAGGUUAUACAAUUCACAAGAUUCUGCAGAGAGAGCACAUGCGGAGCUCGCAUUGAAAUGCUUUUCAGUGAAUACUGAUUACAUUUCGCAAUGCCAGUACAUUCUCGACAAUGCGUCCAGGCCUUACUCGUUGAUGCUCGCCAGUUCUAGUUUGUUGAAACAAGUCACUGAUAAUAGCCUCUCUCUGCAGCUCCGUCUUGAUAUCAGGAAUUACUUGAUUAACUAUUUGGCUACCAGAGGACCAUUAGCACAGUUUGUUAAUGCUUCUUUGAUUCAACUUCUCUGUCGUAUUACAAAGUUUGGAUGGUUUGAUGAUGAUAGAUUUAGAGAAGUGGUUAAGGAGGCUACAGAUUUCUUGAGUCAGUUGCUCAUUUUGCAAGUAUUAAAGAAGCAAAACCAGCUCAUAGCUUUGGCCUUUCUGAGGUGUUGCUAUGAUAAUUUCCUUGCUCCUAAAUUGGCAUGUAACAAGCAAAACCAACUCGCAGCUUUACCCUUGCCGAUGUUUAUUGAUUUUGUCAUUUGGAAAUACACCGUUAUUGAUGAGGCAUCUACGCAUCACUAUGAAAUUGGUCUGAAGAUACUGAAUCAACUUGUGUCUGAAAUGAACCAGUCAAACUCAGGGUUGCCUUCAACACAUCAUCGAAGGGUAGCCUGCUCCUUUAGGGAUCAGUCGCUUUUUCAAAUAUUCCAAAUUUCAUUAACAUCAUUGAGUCAACUGAAAAGUGACGUUACUGGUAGAUUGCAAGAGUUGGCACUUUCUCUUUCGCUGAAAUGUUUAUCUUUUGAUUUUGUUGGGACAUCAAUUGAUGAAAGUUCGGAGGAGUUUGGUACUAUUCAGGUUUUGAUUACUUAUUCUAGUAAUAUUCCGUCAUCCUGGAGGCCUGUUUUAGAGGAUCCAUCAACAUUGCAGAUCUUUUUUGAUUAUUAUGCCAUUACAACGUCUCCUUGUUCAAAAGAGGCACUGGAAUGCUUGGUUCGACUAGCAUCAGUACGGCGCUCUUUGUUCACAAAUGAUGCUGCCCGUUCCAAGUUUUUGGCCCAUUUGAUGACAGGAACCAAGGAAAUUCUACAAACAGGACGAGGUCUUGCUGAUCAUGAUAAUUACCAUGAGUAUUGUCGUCUUCUUGGACGUUUCAGAGUGAAUUAUCAGUUGUCAGAGCUUGUGAAUGUGGAAGGCUACAGUGAUUGGAUCCAGUUGGUAGCAGAGUUCACUUUAAAGUCUUUGCAGUCUUGGCAGUGGGCCAGCAGCAGUGUAUACUAUCUUCUAGGGCUGUGGUCCAGAUUGGUGACUUCUGUACCGUACUUGAAGGGCGAGGCGCCAAGUUUGCUUGAUGAAUUUGUGCCCAAAAUUACUGAAGGCUUUAUUACAUCAAGAUUUAACUCAGUGCAGGCUGGAUUCACUGACGAUGAAGAUCCAUUAGACAAUGUCGAGCUUCUUCAAGAUCAGCUAGAUUGCUUUCCUUAUCUUUGCAGAUUCCAGUAUCAAAGCAGUAGUUUUUAUAUAAUAAACACAAUGGAGCCUAUUCUGCAAUCAUACACGGAAAGAGCACGAUUGCCGACUGCCAAUAACAAGGAGCUUGCUGUUAUUGAGGCAAAACUUUCUUGGAUUGUUCAUAUCAUCGCUGCUAUUCUUAAAAUUAAACAGUCUACUGGCUGUAGUGUGGAGUCGCAAGAGGUGCUUGAUGCCGAACUUUCAGCUCGUGUUUUGCAAUUAAUAAAUGUUACUGACAGUGGGAUACAUAGCCAGAGGUAUGGUGAAUUAAGCAAGCAAAGACUUGAUCGAGCAAUUCUUACCUUCUUUCAACAUUUCCGUAAGUCUUAUGUUGGUGAUCAGGCUGUGCACUCAUCUAAGCAGCUAUAUGCUCGUUUGUCUGAACUUCUUGGACUCAGUGAUCAUCUGCUACUAUUGAAUGUGAUUGUUUCGAAAAUAGCUACAAAUUUAAAGUGUUAUACAGAGAGCGAGGAGGUCAUUAAUCAUACCUUAAGCUUGUUCUUGGAGCUGGCAUCUGGGUAUAUGACUGGAAAGCUGCUUCUGAAGCUGGAUGCUAUCAAAUUUAUAGUUGCCAACCAUACUGUUUUUAUAAGGUUGGAAUCAACUCCUGAUUCAAUGUUUCGGACUGAUGCGGUGAAGUAUGCGCUAGUCGGGUUAAUGAGGGAUCUUAGAGGAAUUGCCAUGGCCACAAAUAGUCGAAGAACAUAUGGGCUUUUAUUUGAUUGGCUGUAUCCUGCUCACAUGCCGCUUCUCUUGAAAGGCAUCUCACAUUGGACAGACACACCAGAGGUCACCACCCCUUUAUUAAAAUUCAUGGCUGAAUUUGUGUUGAACAAGGCCCAACGUUUAACUUUUGAUUCGUCAUCUCCUAAUGGCAUUCUCCUUUUCCGGGAAGUCAGCAAAUUAAUUGUAGCCUAUGGAACAAGGAUUUUAUCUCUUCCAAAUGUUGCUGAUAUAUAUGGCUACAAAUACAAGGGGAUGUGGAUUUGCCUAACUAUUCUCUCAAGAGCUCUUGCGGGAAACUAUGUCAACUUUGGUGUCUUUGAACUUUAUGGUGAUAGAGCACUCUCUGAUGCACUUGAUAUUGCUCUAAAGAUGACAUUGUCAAUCCCUCUGGCUGAUAUAUUGGCAUUUCGAAAGGACUUAGGGACUCUAUUUCACUAUGAUUUAAGCACACCUUGUUUUGGCAAUAUUUAUCUGGUUGUUGAGGUGGUUAAUUUAGUCAAGACUGAGUUGAUUCUUUUAGAUGGUGGGGCUCCCUGGAAUGUGUUGGCUAACAUAUUGAUGCGAGCAAAGAAGGUAGGAAUGGACCGAAGGAGGUUUGGUAAUCAAAUUCCCAUGCCUUUGAUGAGAGUGUACUUUGAAAAUGGAUCCAGACUUUAUGAGCUAACAAGGGCUUACUUUGCGUUCUUGGAGGUUCUAUUCAGCAGCCACAUUGUUUUCAUAUUGAAUCUGGAUACAAACACCUUCAUGCAUAUUGUUGGUUCCCUGGAAUCAGGUCUUAAAGGUCUCGAUACGAAUAUCUCAUCACAGUGUGCAUCUGCUGUUGACAAUUUGGCUGCUUACUAUUUCAACAACAUCACAAUGGGGGAGACACCCACUUCACCUGCUGCAAUUAAUCUUGCUCGUCAUAUUGCAGACUGCCCCAAUUUGUUUCCAGAGCUGCUGAAGACUCUGUUUGAGAUUGUUUUGUUUGAGGACUGUGGCAACCAGUGGAGUCUUAGUAGACCCAUGCUGAGCUUAACUAUCAUUAGUGAGCAGAUAUUCUCUGAUUUGAAAGCUCAAAUUUUGGCUUCACAGCCUGUGGAUCAUCAUCAGCGGCUUGCCCUUUGUUUUGACAAACUGAUGGCAGAUGUUACUCGAAGCUUGGAUUCAAAGAACAGGGAUAAAUUUACUCAGAAUCUGACGGUUUUCAGGCAUGAAUUUCGUGUCAAAUAG